AUGCUUGAGGCUGCUAUAGGUCAACGAGAAGCUUUUACCCUCCUAAGUGAUAUUGAUCCCUACUUUGAUUGUUUAUCAAACGAGGAGUGGGAUAAGGUAAAAACCAUAGCUGAUUUUUUGAAGCCAUUUUAUGAUAUCACAGUUUUUUUUUCGGGUAGCACUUAUCCAACCGCCAACCUCUAUUUUAGUGGUGUGUGGAGAAUUCAUAUGAAAAUCAAGGAAGUUGCAUGUGUUCAUCAUAGUGAGUUUGAAAUACAAAAUCAAUUAUGUUGCAUGGCUAGAAGAAUGGAGAAAAAAUUUGAUAAAUAUUGGAAUUCUUAUAGUGUUGUUCUAUCAUUUGCUGUCAUCUUAGAUCCUAGAUAUAAGUUGCAGUUUGUUGAGUGGUGCUAUGUGAGGUUGUUAGGUAGUGAGGGAGUACAAGUUGCAAAGUUGAUUUUAGAUAAGUUGAAAGCUUUUUUUCAAGAAUAUCUCAAGUCCUCAAAUGAGACAACCGCUUCAUCUAUACAAAGGUCAAUUAGAGGUAGUCCAAACAUUCCCUCAAAUGACUUACAGGAUUUUGGGACUUACGAAAGUAUAUUGUGUGAACCAUCAAAAAAUGAGUCUGAUUUGGAAACUUAUUUGAAUGAAAAAAAAAUUAACCAUGAGGAAUAUGCUGAUUUGGAUAUUUUGCAAUAUUGGAAAGCAAAUGAGGGUAAAUAUCUCAAACUUUCUAGAUUGGCACGUGACCUUUUGAGCAUUCCAAUUACUACAGUUGCAUCAGAAUCAGCAUUUAGUAUAGGUGGACGUAUACUUGACAAGUAUCGAAGUGCUCUUAUACCUGAAAAUGUUGAAGCAUUAAUGUGUACACAUGAUUGGCUUUGUGGAACUCCAGCGGCAAUUGAUUUUGAUGGACCCGAUUUUGUUGAGGACCUUUCAUCCUUCUUUUCCAUAACAUGAAGUUACUUGAAGAUGUGAUUUAUUUUGGGAGAACAAUCUACAAAGAUUUUAUAACUUGAAGUUUGAAUGCUUGAACUAUUAGAAUUUUAUUAGUAAAAUGAUGUAUUGGUAUUUUACCUCUUUCGAUAACCAAUUUUUUUUUAAUCCCACUUGUUUGGUGAAAAUCAUAUGAUUGAUGAUUCAACUUUGUUGAAAAUUAUAUGCUAGAUUUAUUAGUAUUUUACCUCUUUUGAUGUUGAGGUUUUU